AUGCGGUAUUUAACGAUAAAGAUACCAAAGACGCCGAAGGACUUUUUUUAUUCUUCUUCUUCUUCUUCGAUAGAGAAGAAGACGACGAAAACGACGAAAGAAGAAGAAGAAGAAGAAGACAAAGAAGAAGAGUUCGAGGAGAUUCCUCCAGAGGAGCUAGAGAAGGCGCGAAUUGGAUUAUACGUUCCGGAGAGGAAGAGAGAAACGAUGGCGUUUUUGUCGAGAGCGGCGAAGGAGAAGCGCUCUGCGAUAGAGAGGCAAGGCUUCGCGAAGGAGUUGGAAAAAGAAGAACAAAAAAUAGACGAAAAGUCGAUGCUCCUCGGGACGACAGAGUUGAGGAUGAAGACGAUCAAUAAUAAAGAGAUGUUCCCUGGGGAAGAUUUACCGGUAGAAAAGACGACGAGAGCGAUGGAGAAGAAACGCGAAGAGGUCUUCAGAGACUUGGAACUGCCGUAUCUUCCCGGGACGCAAACUGAAAACACGGUGCGAAACGUCCUCGAGACAGAAACCAGACGGUUUGAAAGAGAUUUGAGAAGAGAUGAGAACGGAGAGAACGAAGAGGACGACGACGAUGACGAUGAAGAACACGAUGGGAAGAAAAUUAGAAGACAGACGCACUUCUUUUCACGCGCGGAACGCGAACAGCUUUACGAGCUUCCGGCUGAGACGUUGGCUAAGCUGGACUGCGUCGAAAAUUUGUUACGUACGAUCCACGUGCAUCCGCCAACGCAGAGAGAGUUUGACUGUUUCGCAGGCGGAGCGGGGAUGCGAGAAAAAGGGACAAAGAGAGCAUUUUUGGAGUUACCAAUUCUCGUUGACGAACCAAAACGCACGUUUUUGGAACGCGUGUGGCCAGUAAGCGGUGAGGAGCGGAAAGCGAUCAAAGUUUCCCAAGACGUUCCCGAGAAAAGUAAGUUUUCUUUGCUUAGCGAGGAAGAGACGACGCGCGUGCCGCUUUUCAAACCUUCUAAGAUUAAAGAUAUCGAUGCUUACGUUGAGACUCGAAAAAUAGUCGCAAAGACGAGCACUUUACCUUCGUUCAUGUUGCCCGUCGAGGAGAACUAUCCGAUACGAUACAAUACUACAACGGUCACCGGAGACGUUAACGGGAACUCUGCGCCUCUUUCGCAUUCUCCAGAACGCCCGCUACUACCAGGCACAGCGACCGCUAAUAUUGGAUAUUUACACUCGCCUCCUCGCGCGGAUCAGCAACAACAACAACAAAAGCAAAUGAUCUCUCCUAGAUUUCUUGCCUUAAACUUUCCAGAAGGCGAAGAGAUGGUACAAGAUUCCGUCGAUUUCCACAAAUCGAAGAAAACGACGAUGACGACGACGGCGACGGCGACGAUAACCAAGGGAUUUUCGCCAAAUGGUAGCGGUGGUAAGAAUGUUGGUAGUGCUUCACGCCCAAAAACUCCCGGUACUGGCAUAAAGCAGCAUCUUCAGACGAAGCUGAACUUUGCUUCUCCGCAAGCGGCAACGCAAAAGAGAGAGAACGAAAAGCAGCCAGAAAUAGAAUUUUUCUCCUUUCGUGUUCCGGAACAGCCGCAUGGCUUUGCGAUCGAAGAAAUUGCACGUGAGUACAACACUAUUCGCGAAAGAAUACCAGUCCAUUUCGGUAGUGCCAUCCCGACGUUUGAUGUGAGAAUCGACUACGAUUUAUAUGUAUCGAGGAUGGAAGAGGCUGAAGAACGCGAGCGUCAAGCAGGCCAUAUCGACACCGCUGCGAAUUGGAGACGCUUGAAGGAUUUACUGACCGUGGCAUAUUUGUUAGAGUCUUACGGCGUUACUGUUGCGAAUUUGCAGCUGCGAUACACGAACAACUACGCGCACACGUCUUCAGGUACGAAUAAUAACACCAUCUUUGUCCGAACGAAAUCCAAGGCUGAGGACGCUUUAGAAGCUGCCGUUUCCAGCGUUCAACGAGGUGAGUCGCUCGAUAGCCCGAAACUUGGCGGUUUACGACCACUUGUUAAAGAAUGUAGAACGGAUGGUUCCGGUCGCACAAAGAUGCUCAUAAUUGUUCCUGAACCUAAACCAAUCGGACCAAUUGUGAAAUACGUCCAUUUUGUUGGCGGUCGAGUCAAUUGCCUCCCGUCUCAAAAGUAUCUCCACGAUGGACGAUCAGAACAAGAAGAAAAGUUAUUCGCAGAAGAGGUGCGUAAAAUUGUAUCCAAAAACAAUCUUGAUGCCUUGAUUAUCUUGGAGCAGCAUUUUGAGCGAGCAAGUUUUCCCGUUUCGGAUUUUGCCAUCGUCGUAUUUUACGCUCCAAGCCGAAACACUGAGAGUAUCGUCCAGAGUGCGAUAAAUGCGAGACGCUUCCGCGGGAUCGAGAGAAACGGUGCGAUAAAAAUCUUUACAACCGAUCUGGUACCAGUUCCGCGUAGUAGUCAACGAGACCGAACCUUGCGCACAAACAACGAGCUCAAGCUGCCGCAGCCUGAUUUUGAUUGGGAAGAGGACGAAAAAUACGUUGGAGAAUACAUGGAUGACGAUAUCUUAGGAUUCGACGAUAUCAUCCCGAUUGAUAACCCUACCGCUGAUGUUUCAGAACACGCGAAGUCGCAUCAUAGUGUGACCCAAACGAGACUUGUUGUCCUUCGAGACAAACAAUCUUCGAGCAUGAUUGAUCGAAUUGAACGGAAAGUUCAACAAUCAAGCCUCGCUCGCGUUAUUCGUCGAAGACUUUUCGAUCGUAUCGUCGACCCGAACGUAAAAGAGAUCUACGCCAAAGUAAUCUCUUUAAUCGCGUCGAACGAUGGAGUGAAGGCUAUUUGUUUGUUUCGAAUGCGCGACACUCGCGAGAUACAGAGCGGAGACUUACAAGAAGUUUUCUUCUUGGCGACUCGUUGCGCAAAAGUUCUUUCGAGAUCCUUCUAUUGGACGGAGUUUAUUUUUGAAAUAGAUCCGGAAUAUUUAGAAGCGAGAGAAGCUGAGAGUUUUGUUUCGGAACUGCACCGUCAGGUGCAGGUAUCAAAAAAUGAAAUAGAUAUCGACGUGACAUUCUGUUCGGAACGUAAUAUUGUCGAUACUGUCUUCAAGGCGAUAACGUUUGAAGCUGCUACCACUGGUCCCGGUUACGAAGACAAGAUCCAAUCAAACGAUGACUCUUUUCCGUACCUUGCGGAGAAAGACUUCGCGCUUUUACCUGGCGAAUCUUCUAGCGUGUGGGAAAUCGCUUUGAGUGACUUGUUUCCUUACGUCAAUGCUAUCACGAUUUUAGUUUUGAUUGAGCACGGUUUGGAGGUUGACAAAGUGGUCAAGGACAGAAAGCUUACGAGAGAAGACUAUGAAACCUGCCAGCGUUUGUGCGGAUGCCCGAUGAAAGCAUUCGAAAGUCUCGAGGAAGGCGAAGAAGACAGAGAUGGUGCGAUGCUGGGCGUGUAUGAGAAUGACUUGUUCGAUGCGGAGAAAAAUAUGCGUUCGCCGUUGCAAUCUCCGAUGCACUCAAAAUCUCCACAACAACAACAACAACAACAACAACAACAACAACAGUUCUCGAAUCGAGACAUGCACUUUGUGCCGCCAUCACGACCUCAUUCUCAUCCUCUCCCUCCUCGCUUUGACAAAACGCUUGGAAUUGGAACAUUCAUGGGAUCACCUUCAUCGCCUUCGCCCUUAAAAACAAACGCGCGCGGCGGCGGUGACACCGAAGCGUAUUAUCACAUCGAUCGAGACGACAACGACGACGGGCCUAAAAAUACGACGUUAUCGAAGCACCAACAAGGUCGCGAAGCCGUCCUCCGAAUGAUGUCCAAGCAGAAAAAAAGAGCCACGAAUGCAUCGCGUUCCAUCGCUUCGCCGUCGAAGAUAGCAUCAACGGCUCCACCAAAAGGCGAAUUUUUCGCCUUUCACGAACACUUUCGACCAGAGGCGUACCUCUCUAACGACGCCAACAGUCGUCGGUACGGGAGAAACAAAAAGAAGAAAGAGCCAAGAACGCGAACGACGACUGGUGGUGGUGAUGGAGGUUUUCCCGGCAAUUUCCAUCGAAACGCGGAAGAUAUCCACGAUGAGUUUCCAUUACAAGAGAGACACACACAAUUAUAUCUAACAACAAUUGUUAUUCAUAUUCUAACAAAGAGACGCACAUCACGCAUGAUAUUCACAUCAUCAACCACGAGUUACUUCGCGGCGCUCGUUCCUUUUAAGCGUUCCUCGAACAUCACGCAUCAUCGACUUCCGCGAAGAAGCAAAGCGUUGACAUCGCAAACAACAACAAAAAGUGUUCUGUCCGAACAUCCAGAAGCAGCCGAAAAACAAACGAAAAGCAAAACGCUGUUGGAUAACGUCCGCUUCGUCUUAUGUUCCCCACAAGGCCCUCAAAACAUCGGCGCCGUCGCUCGCGUGUGCCAGAAUUUCGGUCUCACGAAGAAUUUUGCCAUCGUGAAUCCAGACCCGCAAGCGUUGGACACGUGCGAUACGCACGACAUGGGUGGUGAACAGAAGCACGAUAUCGGCGUCGAGUGCGUGUUGAAAGAAGAGGCGAAGAAAUUUGCGGUACACGCGAGUUGGAUGAUUGAAGAGGCGGAAAAGAAUAUCACGCACAUGCCGCAUGGAUUAGAAGACGCUUUGAAAGAUUGCACAUUUGUCGUCGCGACGACGGCGAGGAGCCGAGAGAACAUACCUUUUCUCACGCCGAAAGAACUGAAAGAGGUCAUAAGGAAAGAGGCAGAGAGAGGGAAAGUGGCGGUGCUGUUCGGAAACGAAGCGCGGGGAUUAUCAAACGAAGAAAUAAAGUAUGCGAACGUCUGCGUGUCUAUUCCAACCGCUGGACACCCAGAAGAGAUGACAAAGAAAUUUCGUUACACCGGAGGAGCCGAGCCUAGAGGGAAUGGUGGUAAAGUUGACGCGACGCCAGUCUCGCUGAACCUCUCCCACGCGGCUGGAAUUUUGGCGUACGAGAUACACGACGCGCUUGCAAAUGUCAACGCGGACGUUGGCUUCACGUCACAUUUAUUAAACGUAGAGGAAAGAAAACGAUUGGCGGACGAAUUAUCACUCGCUCGAAGAAGCGUGGAUAUCUUUGCGCCGAGUAAAAACGUAUCAAACGGCGAAGAAAACGACGAAGAGGAAUGUAUGCUCGAUGAACAAGAGUGUUUGUUGCACGAAAAAGAAUCCAAAGCGAUUCAAUCGGUAUUAAACGCCGGCGCAAUCGCGUCGAAAAACGCCACUCCUUUAUUCUUUCUCUCGCGCCGGUUAAAAAUUUUAGGUGAUCUUCGCGCGCUCGACGAUAUCGUCAAAGAUUUCUUAAACACAAAAGCGGCUGCGCCGCAACUCGGCAGCGAAAAAGGCAUCAGCGAUGCCAUUCGAGACGGUUUGGGUAUUUCCUUGACGAACGCGGAAACGAAGAGAGUGUUCAAAUACGUGUGCUCGAAAGAGUUUUCGCGCAAUCACCAGGGGGGGCCUCCUGUGAAUUUUUAA